GAAUAAGCCUGUUCUGGUCCUUUCCCUAAAGCGCGUUUUCGUAAGCAUGAAUCCGGAGAGGGUCGCAUUACUUAAGCAGUUUGUUGAGUUGCUUAAAGAGAAACCUGAAGUUCUCGACACCCCUGAACUGUCGUUCUUCAAAGACUGGCUUAAAAGUCUUGGGGCUAACGUUCCUGUUUCACAACCUAACCGACCCACUGAAAAUUCAUUUUCAGACGACUCUGGUGCAGAUGAGACCUCAGAAUCUGAAAUAGAGUUUGAUGAUGAAGUGCUGCCAAAGGAACCUGUCCCAGACCUAGAUAUGGGUGACGAUUCGAUAGAAGUAACUGAUGAAUUGAGAGAAAAAGCUGAAGAAAAGAAAUGUGAAGCAAUGGCUAAAAUGUCUGAUGGAGACUUUACUGGGGCUGUUGAUUUGUUCACCGAAGCAAUUAAACUAAACCCCCAGUCCUCACUAUUUCAUGCUCGACGUGCAAGUUGCUUUGUACGAAUGAAAAAGCCGUCCCAUGCUAUUGCAGAUUGUGACAAAGCUAUUUCGUUAAACCCUGAUUCUGCACAACCUUACAAAUGGAGAGGAUUUGCUAAUAAAAUGAUUGGUAAUUGGGAAGCCGCCUAUCGGGAUCUUCAGACAUCUUUGAGGUUAGACUACUCAGAUGAUGCCAAUGAAGCGAUAAAGGAAAUCGAACCAAAGCACAAACGAAUCUUCGAACAUAACAUGAAGUAUGAACGUAAACGACAAGAAAAGCUAGAACGAGAAAAACGCGAGCGAAUUCGAAAAGCACGAGAAGAGCGUGAACGCGCCCAGAGAGAUACAGAAAAACCCGAUUUUGACAUUCCAGGAAGCGGUAACAUUCCAGGCAUGGACAAUAUGUUUUCGCAACUGUUCAAUGAUCCAGAAUUGAUGUCUGCUAUCCAGGACCCUGAAGUGAUGAAGGCAUUCAGCGAAGUAUGCUCAAACCCAGCUGCAAUGGAUAAGUACAAAAACAACCCCAAGGUAAUGAAGGUCAUCGAGAAAAUGAAGAAUAGAUUUGGUGGUGGUGGCGGUGGUGCUAUGCCCGGAGGUAUGCCGUUCGGAAUGGGUGGAGCCGGGUUCAAUAUGCCUAACCAGUCAUGUCCAGGUAAGAUUUAAUAAAAAAUAACCUGUUACUGUGUCAUUUAGAUCUAGACUAGGUAAAGAAACAUUGAUCUCAGUCAUCUGGUGAUUCCAUUUAAAUACAUUUAAUCCCUCGACAUUUUCGUACAUAUGAAUAAAAGCUUCCAGACUGUU